CACGGGGUAGGGCGAGGGUGGGCUGAGCAUUGAGUUUGAGGGCUGUGUAUAUCAGCUUUAAGUACCGUGCACUGCAUUCCUGUACAGGCGUAUACGUAUUCUGGUCCCACCGCGGAGCGAGUCGGAACAAAAGUUUCCAAAACCCUCGUUUAUAGAGUGAGGUACAAUUACACGGGAAGAAGCAGAGUUUUCACCACUGAUCCGAAAAAGAAUCUACAAAAGAGAAAGAUGCCGGGCGAGAGGUUGACUGUAAGAGACACAUCGGAGAUUGGGCGUUUCCCCGGAGUAGCCCCGCCCACUAGAGUGGAGGUUACAAUCCAGAAGGAGGGGGAGAAGAAGCAGGAGGAGGGAGGUUGUCGUCGCUGGCUCAGGAAGAUGUGCCCGUGCUGCUUUAAGCGCCAGAACAGUACAUCCUAUGAUGUUACAGAUAAGUUGGAAUUGACUAAACUCCCAACCACUGCCCCUGUUGUGACCCUAGCCCCAGAGCCUGCCAAGCCAAAGCCUGAGAAUGGGGAAACAAAGGAAAAAGAAAAUGAAAAAGAAGAAAUUAAGCUGUCUGUGUGCUCGGUGGACCUCCUGAGCUCCAAGACUGGUCAGAAUAGAGUGGAGCAUCACACUGAUCUGUAUCAUGGGGAUGAGCUGAUUAUCCGCAGAGGACAAACCUUUCAGAUGGAGAUGGAGCUGAACCGACCUUUCAAUGCUGACACCGAUAAGAUGCACUUGGACCUAAAAACAGGUCCUUUGCCGACUGUAUCCAAAGGAACCCAUGUCAUCAUCCCGCUGGUGGACGAUCUGGAAGAUGAACGCUGGGAGGCCAAGAUUACAAAGCAGGACGGCAACAAGAUCAAGCUGUCCGUCAACUCUCCGGCUGACGCUGUUAUCGGUCUGUACGGGCUCACAGUGAUGACCAGGUCUUCGGAGAAUGAGCCGGCAACAGCUUACAACUCCAGCAAGAACAUCGUCAUCCUCUUCAACCCUUGGUGUGAGGAGGACACUGUGUUCCUGGAUGAUGAGGAGCAGAGGAAGGAGUAUGUGUUGAAUGAUACUGGGCGGAUCUACUACGGGACAGAGAAACAAAUUGGUGCCCGCACGUGGAAUUUCGGGCAGUUUCAUGAGGGAAUCCUGGAAGCAUGCUUGUUUAUUCUAGAGAAGAGUGACAUGCCGCCAUCUGGUCGAAUGGAUCCUGUCAAUGUUGUCAGAGUCAUAUCUGCCAUGAUAAAUGCUCAGGAUGAUUUGGGAGUUCUGGUUGGGAACUGGUCAGGAAAUUACUCUAGUGGGGUUUCUCCUGCGGCAUGGAGCAGCAGUGUGGAGAUCCUGAGGAAAUACCACUCCACCAGUGGAACACCAGUGUGUUAUGGACAGUGCUGGGUCUUCUCUGGGGUCACUACAACAGUGCUGCGCUGUCUUGGGAUACCCGCUCGUAGUGUGACCAAUUUCCAGUCUGCCCAUGACACUGAUGUAUCCAUCACUACAGACGUGUAUUUUGAUGAGAAUAUGCAGCCAAUUGACCACCUCAAUAAUGACUCUGUCUGGAAUUUCCAUGUAUGGAAUGAUUGCUGGAUGGCUAGACCAGACCUGCCUCCUGGCAACGGAGGUUGGCAGGCCGUUGAUGCCACUCCCCAGGAGACGAGUCAGGGCACCUUCUGCUGUGGCCCUGCCUCUGUCAACGCCAUCCGCUUGGGUCAAGUCUACCUCAAACAUGACACACCUUUUGUCUUUGCUGAAGUCAACAGUGAUAAAAUCUACUGGCAGAGAAACCUGGAUGGUACAUUCAGCCAGAUUCACAGUGAAAAGAAAGCCGUCGGCCGCUGCAUUAGCACUAAAGCAGUGGGCUCCGAAGAGCGGGAGGACAUCACACAUCUGUACAAACACGAAGAAGGUUCAGAAGAGGAACGUAUUGCUGUGGAGACUGCUUGUCGCCAUGGCAGCAAAUCAAAAACCUACUAUCCACCCAUUGAAGAGGAUGUAUGUGUGGAGGUUAAAAUGGAGGGCGAGGGGCCCAGGAUGGGAACUGACGCCCAGCUGAGUAUUGUGGUGAAGAACCUAAGCUCACAACCACGUCAGACAACUCUGUACAGCCAGGUGGCCGUCAUGUACUACACUGGUGUGCUGAAGAACGCUAUCAGAAAGAAUGAAAUACCUGUGGAGCUAUUGCCUAAUGAAGAAAAAACCAUUGAAUGGGUCCUGCCCUACCAACAGUACCAGGAGCAACUGGUGGAUCAGGCAGCACUGAUGCUGACAUUAUCUGGAAGAGUCAAUGAAACCAAGCAAGUGAUAGCCAACCAAACAACCUUCAGGCUCCGUACACCUGACCUCACCAUCACGCCUGUGGGCGAAGCUGUGGUCGGUAAGGAAAUGGCAGCCAAGAUUACCUUCACUAACCCUCUGCCACGCACACUCAAGCAAGUGGUGUUCAGAGUGGAGGGCCUGGGUCUCCAGAAGGGUCACGAAGUGGUUGUCGGUGAUGUUGGAGGUCACUCCACCGUGACACUGACUGAGCACUUCAUCCCCAAUCAGCCAGGACCCAGGAAGCUGGUGGCAUCUCUCGACUGCAAACAGCUCACACAAGUGCAUGGAGUGGCUGACAUUGUUGUUUAUGAACAACAGGAGUGAACCACAACAUGCAGGUCCUCUCAUAUCAUUUUUACUUAGAGGAUUAAAGCUGAGAGCUUCUAUUCUACUAUUCUAAUAUUCUAAGUGUGCCAAGUCCCUGUACUUUAAACAUUUUUUUAUUCUGUACUUAUGCUAAAUUUGUAAUUUUGAUAUAUUAAAACUACAAAUAGACAAUUAAUAACUGUAACAUUAUCAGCAUUAUUAUGCUUUUUUAUUUCAGUACUAUAAACACAUUUUUGACUUGCUGUGGUGAAGUAUGAUGCAGGAUUUACAGUUAAUGUGUACACAGCAGCCAUAGUAUUUUUAUUAAUAUGCAUUCAUGCAGUGAAGUUUUAAAUUUAUUCUAAUACAAGUGCAAUUCAAGACUCUGAAAAAAACAUGUGAAGAUGCAAAGUUACCAUUUUGUGAUAAUGUAAAUAGUGUAUGGGUAUUAUUCGGUUAGCUUGUCAUAAUGUGAAAAGUACUGACAAAAUGAACUUCACGUGGCUUUAACUGGGGGAAUGAAAAGCAAAAAAACUUCACCUCCAAACAUUGUUUUUAAUAUUCUUGUAUUUCUUCAUCAUUCUAACUCUAAGCACUUGACAUAAAAUGUGAAGGAAACUAUGUAUAACCAUCACAGUAUUUAUCUACAUCAUCUACCUGGAAUGUUUUUGUAUCUGUGUUGUGUUAUUAAUAAAACUCAUGGAAAGCUACCCAUGAAUCACUUGAUUCGAUGAGACCACUGGUUAAAAGGAGAAGCAUGUUAAAAUGAGCUGAGCUUCACACAGGAAACAAGUUUAUUUUUCCAUUUCUGCAAUCAAAGAGUUUUAAAGUACCAAAUUGUAGCCCGCUGUUAGAACAAUGCCCCAAUCUCAGGUGUGCAAGUUGAAGCAGGAGACACACCUUAGCAACAUGUCAU